AUGUGUGACAUAGUUAACGAGUUUCUAAGCAAAACUUUAGAUACUUUAUAGAGCCUAAACUCUAUUGUGAGUUAAGAUCUCUAAGAUGAUCAAGGUAAGUACCAAUCAAUUUUAAACUUAUUCAAAUUAGUUGAUGAUGAGGACUUCAUCCUAAAUUUGGCUUUGAAUUCAAUGAAAACAAUUGUUACAAAAACUGCAGAAUAUAAUAGAAGAAAUCACGAUGAUCAGAUGAGACAACUUUCUAUUGAUGAAUAGUUGAAUUAUGCUUAGGAUGAAAUUCAAAUUCAAGAUACCAGUGAAGAUGGUUCUGAAGAUUCAGAAUCAGAGUAAUAAGCAGUUAACAUUUCUAAGUAUUCAGCUGGAAUUGUAUUGUUAACUAUCUCAAGGGUCUCAAGUUGGUAUCUAGGUGCAUUUAAUGAGCAGUCUAUUUUCCCCACUGAGCCUUCUGAUGAUUCAACAGAUAUUUGA